AUUUAACAUAUAAAGAAGGCUCUCGUCUUAAACUCGUUGCAAAGAGGUGAUACCGAGCGUGCGUCGUAGCGAAGUGGGGGAUUCGUAGCAGAUGGCGCGCGGCCAAGCAUCGGCCAUCCGGUGGACCAAAGAGAUCACCAACGCGCAGGUCCUCCGGCUGAUCCGUGCCGAGUCCGAUGUCCGCAAGGCCCUCCUCGUCUUCGACUCCGCCACCGCCGAAUACCCCUCCGGCUUCCGCCACGACGCCGCCACCUUCGCCCACAUGUCCGCCCGCCUCGCCGCCGCCGGCCUCCUCCCCACCGCCUUCUCGGUCCUCGCCCGCGUCCCCGCCGAGCUGGGCCACCCGCCCCCGGAGCCCGUCUUCGCUGCCCUCAUACGCGCCCACGGCCGCGCCCGCCGCCCCCUCGACGCCCUCCGCCUCUUCCACGACGCCCCCCGCCUCCUCCUCCUCCGGCCCUCCAACCGCUCCUACACCGCUCUCCUCGCCGUCCUCGUAGCCCACAACCGCCUAGACCUCGCUAGCCGCCUCUUCGCCGGCAUGAGGGCAGCCGGCGUCCCGCCCUCCGUCGCCUCCUACAACGUCCUCCUCAAGGCCCAUUGCACCGACGCCGGCAGCGGCGCAGACGUGGACGCGGCCCUCCGAGUGUUCCGCAGGCUGCCCGAUCGCGGGUGUCCGCCCGAUUCUUGCAGUUACAACACUGUGAUCGACGGGCUCUGCAAGCAUGGCAGGAUCGGCGAAGCCAAGCAGCUGUUGGAGGAAAUGAGUGACAAGGACUGCUCGCCGACCGUUGUCACCUACACUACUUUGAUCCACGGGAUGUGCCGCUCUGGCUCGCUAGACGAAGCAAUAGAGAUGUUCGACGAAAUGACUAAGAGAGGGAUUAAGCCGAAUGUGUUCACGUACAGUUCAUUGGUCGACGGCCUCUGCAAGGGCGGACGGUCGCUAAAGGCCGUCACUUUGCUGGAUCGGAUGGUCUCGGAGCGAUGCCAGCCGAACGCCAUCACCUAUUCUGCGCUGAUUAAUGGGCUGUGUAAAGAAGGAAGGCUUGGGGAGGCAUUGGAGAUCUUAGAUAGGAUGAGACUGCAGGGGAAAAAGCCAGAUGUAGGAUUGUUUGGCAAGCUCAUCGAUGGGUUGUGCGAGUCUGGCCGUGCCCAGGAAGCCGCAAAUUACCUCGACGAGAUGGUGCUCAGUGGGAUCACACCGAACCGCGUCACCUGGAAUCUCCAUGUGAGGAUUAACAACACAGUUGUGGUGGGGUUGUGCGCUGUUGGUGAUUCAAGCAGGGCUUUACGGGUGCAUCAGAGCAUGAAGAGCAGGGGUAUUUCUACUGAACCGGACACAUUCCAUCAUCUGGUAGAUUGUUACAGCAAGAAGGGAGAUGUGCACAAGGCAGCACGGGUAGUCAGCGAGAUGUUGCUUGAAGGUUGCGUUCCUACCAGGGAGACAUGGGCUGUUGUGAUUGGUGGUUACUGGGAAAGGAGAAAGGUGAGGGAAGCAGCUGAGGUUUUCUUGGAUGGGCUGGUGGUGGGUGUAGCUCUUUGAGGUCUUAAUAAAAAGUAAUUUGAGU